AUGGGAAGAGGUAAAAGCAAGAUGUGGAAGAACAUCACUCACGGAUUUCACUUUGUCAAAGGCAAGCCAAGCCAUCCCAUGGAGGACUACGUAGUUUCCAAAUUCAAGAAAGUCGACAGCCAUGAACUUGGUUUGUUUGCAAUCUUUGAUGAUCACUUGGGACAUGAUGCAGCCAAAUACUUGUAG